CAGUCAUAUGACUAGGAUUUAUCUGCUCCAUUUAAGUACGCUUACGAUAAACACGCUUGAAUCUUAUCGUCACAAAGACACAGUCGAGCUCACCGGUCACAGCUAUGAUGAAGCUUCUUCUUACGUUCGUACUCGCUGCACUAGCCACAGCGCAGAUCCCUAUUCCCAGACGGGAGGUGGGAUUUGUGUACAACUCGGGGUCCGCCAGCGCACCUAUACAUUUAGAUUUCUACAUUGAUCAGAUUUGCCCCGACAGCAAAAUGGCAUGGCCUACUAUUCUGAAGCUCGCAGAUAGCUAUGGGCCGAGCGUGCUUCAGCUCAACACACACCUGUUUCCUCUGCCGUACCACAGAAACUCAUUCUAUGCCAGCAAGGGUACCCACAUCGUCAACCAACGGAGCAAGGGAGCCAACACCUAUAUAUGGAUCAAAACCAUCUACGAUAACAUCGACUCCCUCUCUAACUCGGUCACCUUCAACCUGUCGGACUCACAGAUAGUCGAUAAAUAUGCUACUAUCGCCAAUGGAUUGGGUGUCCCGGCUGCGAUGUUCAAGUCUCUCAUCGAGGACGAAACAAUCGAGAUGGACACCAGGACGGAGUGGAAGUACUGCUGUACACGAGGUGUAGCUGCCACGCCCACGUUCAUGCUGAAUGACAUCCUGGUUGCUGCCGACCCCACCUGGACCGUGGAUCAGUGGAAGCAGGUCAUUGACCCUUUGCUGUCCAAGAGAACCUAACCCCCGGCAUCAAGAAUUGUGAACAUCUCUCCCAGAAGCUCGAGUGCUGCAGAGAUGGAGUAUUGUUACAUAUCUAAUGUUACAUGUCGCGGUUGAACCGGCAUCCUUUGUGACAUCUUUUGUGACGUGUGCGUGUGCGUGUGUGUGCGUGUGCGUGAGAGUUGCGUGUAUUGGGAAAGGUUCCAUAUAUGUAUUAAACAAUAAACCAUUAUUUAAAAUAUAUAAA